CCCGCUCUGCCCAGUGGGAGGGGCCGACGCCGCGUUCCUCCUCCCUAUGGGUUCCAUCCUUAAAGCACGAGUCCUAGGCUUCAUCUGUUGGAGCGGGCGCCGGGGUCUGGACGGUAGUCUGCCCGGGCAGGCCACGGCCUACCGAGGAGGGCCUGAAACCACGGAGCAGCCGCGCCUGGCACGGGAGCGUCUCGUUGUGUGAGAGCUUCGAGGGCAGGGGUCCCGGGCGCCAUUGCUCGCCGCCAGAGCGCCGCCCGGACCUGUUCGGCCCUCAGCUGCUCUGCCCGCUCCGGGAGGAACCGUAGCUCGGGGUCGUCGCCACCCACUGGCCCCGUGUCGUAAAUCGUGUACCACAUCUACCGCACGCUGCGGGCCGCCCGGGCCGAGACCAUGUUUGACAAGACGCGGCUGCCGUACGUGGCCCUUGAUGUGCUCUGCGUAUUGUUGGCUUCCAUGCCUAUGGCUGUUCUAAAUUUGGGCCAAAUAUAUCCAUUUCAGAGAGGCUUUUUCUGUAAAGACAACAGCAUCCAGUAUCCGUACCAUGACAGUACCGUCACAUCCACUGUCCUCAACACAGUGGGGCUUGGUUUACCCAUUUCCUCUAUGAUUAUUGGAGAAGCCCUGUCUGUUUACUAUAACCUCUUGCAUUCGAAUUCCUUUAUCAGGAAUAACUACAUAGCCACUAUUUACAAAGCCAUUGGAACAUUUUUAUUUGGUGCAGCUGCUAGCCAGUCCCUGACUGACAUUGCCAAGUAUUCAAUAGGCAGACUGCGGCCUCACUUCUUGGAUGUUUGUGACCCAGAUUGGUCAAAAAUCAACUGCAGUGCCGGUUAUAUUGAAAACUACAUAUGUCGAGGGAAUGCACAGAAAGUGAAGGAGGGCAGAUUGUCUUUUUACUCGGGCCACUCUUCAUUCUCCAUGUACUGCAUGCUGUUCGUGGCACUUUACCUUCAAGCCAGGAUGAAGGGAGCCUGGGCAAGACUCUUGCGCCCCACCCUGCAGUUCGGUCUGGUUGCUGCGUCCGUUUACGUGGGGCUUUCUCGAGUUUCUGACUACAAACACCACUGGAGCGAUGUACUAACUGGCCUCAUUCAAGGAGCUCUGGCUGCAGUAUUAGUUGUAGUGUAUGUAUCAGAUUUCUUCAAGAAGAGACACUCUUUUAAAGAAAGGAAAGAGGAGGACUCUCAUACAACUCUGCAUGAAACACCGACGGCUGGCAAUCACUUUGGGAGCAACCACCAACCUUGAAGGUCGCAGAGUGCUCAGAUCAAGCCGGCCUGCUUUCUAAAGGAAACUGAUUGCAACCAUAAGGCAAGAGGAUGCUUUUUCUUCACGGUGUACAAGCCUUUAAGGGACUGCUGCUAUACCUCCUGGAUGCCCCACGUUACCUGUGUGUACAUAUAUAUAAAGUUCCCUCUAACACAAUGGUUAUCUAAUAGCUCUGAGUUCACUGAAAAAAACUUCAAGCCUUUGACUAAAACAAUGCCCACCUGUACAUUUUUUAUUAAAAAAAUGUAAUGCUUAUGUACAAGUGUGUAUGUAAUAUCUGCUUUCUUAGAAUGAUGCCUGAUUUAAACACAAUGCAUAUUAAAAUUUUUGAACCUUGAGAGAACCAAA